UUUAGCUCUUGGAUAGAGUAGAUUAGUGAAAGAUGGAGUGUUCUGCUUUGCCUAAUGGAUGGAAACGAGAAGAAGUAAUCAGGAAAACAGGAAUUUCAGCAGGAAAAAUUGACGUCUACUAUUAUAGUCCAACAGGCAAAAAGUUUCAUAGUAAACCCCAGCUUGCUCGAUAUUUAGGAGAUGUUGUGGACCUUAGUACAUUUGACUACCGUACUGGCAAAAUCAAUUCAAUGCUUCUUAGAAAAAGUAAAAGGCAGCGUGGAAUGCAAUUUGAUUACAGCAGAGGAAUUCGUAAUGAUGCUUCACUCGUACCCCCUAUUCGACAGACUGCAUCAAUUUUCAAACAGCCAGUAACUGUUUUGAAGUCGCAAGAGAGCAAAGUUCGCAAUGACUUCAAGCAUGGCCCUCAGGAAAAGCCGAGACAACUCUUUUGGGAAAAACGACUUGAAGGUUUACAGGCAUGUGAUAGAAAUGAGGAGACCUUUGGACAGUUUGAAUUACCUAAGAGUAUAAAAGGUGUUGGACCUGAUUUAAAUGAAGAGACUGUCUUAAGAAGCAUUGCCACUGCUCUCCAUGUGUCCAGUCAACCAGUUACUGGACAAACAGGGUUUUCAAAGUCUCUGUUAGAGAAAAAACCUGGCAUCUAUUUAAAUCCAGAUCAACCUUUAGUUCAGGCACUGCUUGUAUCCGAAGAUGACAUUCAGAAACAAGAAGAACGCGUACAGUUGGCAAGAAAGAGACUGCAAGAGGCCCUGAAUGACUUGGAAGGAUAGGCUUUGAAGAAGACUGCACAUGACUAACUUCAUUCCUAAUAAAAACUACUAUUAAAACCUUUUAACUGAUUCUCAAGAAGUAAAACAUGAUUAGUUACUCAUACAUUUUACACAGAAAAAAUUUCUAAAUUAGCUGUUAUCAGUAUAAGAGUUCAUCUUUCAUGUACAGGACUUUGUUGUAACUUAUAACAAUUCCUUUGUCCAUGCAGUUAAUUACUGUUUCACUAGUAUCAGACUGAGCAUUUGGUUGUACUAAAUAUAAUAUUUAAUGGUCAUUCAGUUUUCAUUUCUUGUCUUGGUACUAUUAGCAUCCAGAUGUCACAUUUUUUUGUCUUGGUCAUAUUAGUACCCAAUUGUUCAAAUUCUUUUGUUGGUACUGUUAAUGUCCAUAUGUUGAACUUAAUUGUGUUGAUAUUUUUAGUUUCCUAUUGUUCAACAUUGAUACCAUUAAUAUCCAUAUAUUCAGAUUCUUGUAUUGGUACCAAUAGUAUAAAAAUCUUCAGUUUCUUGUGUUUGCACUAUUAGUUUAUAGUGUUGUGAUGAGAAUGACAUAAAUGUAAAAGUCUGUAUGAUGUGGGAAACAGAUUAUGUUAUAGAUAUUCUGGAUUGAUAUUUAUUGUAUGGAAUUCACAUUUUUCAUUUAAAUUGUAUGUGUACAGUUCUCUUAGUAUACCUACCUUAUUAAAAUAAAUUAUAAAGAAUGUUUUUACUCAUUUUGUGAACACCUGCUCAUUAUAUAAAAUUUGUAAAUUGAUACAAAAAUGAGUUUUCUAUGCAAGUGGGUUCCAUACUUUUCAGUAUACUUCACUAUGCUAAUGGGUUCAAUACUUUUCAGUGUACUUCACUAAGCUAGUUGGUCCUGUACUUUUCAGUGUACUUCACUACACUACUGGGUUCCAUACUUUUCAGUAUACUUCACUAUGAUAGUGGGUUCUAUACUUUUCAGUAUACUUCACUAUGCUAGUGGGUUCUAUACUUUUCAGUAUACUUCACUAAGCUAGUGGGUUCUAUACUUUUCAGUAUACUUCACUACGCUAGUGGGUUCAAUACUUUUUAGUGUACUUCACUAAGCUAGUGGGUUCUAUACUUUUCAGUAUACUUCACUAUGAUAGUGGGUUCUAUACUUUUCAGUGUACUUCACUACGCUAGUGGGUUCUAUACUUUUCAGUGUACUUCACUAUGCUAGUGGGUUCUGUACUUUUCAGUGUACUUCACUAUGCUAAGUGGGUUCUAUACUUUUCAGUAUACUCCAACAGCCACUAAUGUUUGCUAUUCAUUGCUAAUGUACAGAAAAAUUUGACCAAACUUCUAUGAAGAAACACUUUUAUAAAAUUUUUAGUGUAAGAGUAAUAUCAUUCAGCACUUGAUAUAUUAGUGCCAUCUGUAAUUAAAUUAUUUAAAUAUUCAUAAGAGUCUGUAUUCCAAUAAAGAAAGGUUAAAGCAGCAUAUGAAAGUAAGUUUCUUUGGACACACAUCUAACAAAAGCUGCAGUAGCUUGUUAAAUCUAUGGCUGUUACUCCUUAUAUGUCAUAAAACUGUAAAACAUUGUAAAAUAGAAAUGACUUAGUGAACCUACUAAAAUUAUUUAGACUUGAAUUACAAAUUAAAAAAAAUUACCUUCAUUACCAUGUCAGAUAUUCUGAAUCAGGGUAAUGUGCCUUGUAGAUACCUUUUACUUGUGAAACAUAAAGUAUUUGUCAAAUAUUACCUUUUUACUGUGUAAUUCAUAUCCCUCUCAUAUGCAUUAAAUUGUUAUAUAUUUAUUUCUAAAGGUCUAAAACACAUGUAAGUGGAUUACUGAGUAAAUGUUAAAGAGAUGACUUUUUAAGCCAUAUAUAAUCUUAUCUACUAUUCUCAGUUUUUCAAUGUUUUUUAAAUUUGAAGUAAGAAGUGAGUUUUGUGUAAAAUGAAGUGACUUGAUGAUCUUGACAUAAGUAAACUUUUUAGAGAUUACUAUUUGAAGGUAAUAAAACACAUUCCAGUAAACUGAUUUAUUCAAUAAA